CUGCAGCUCUCCUUCGACGAGGACGAACAACGGUGCAACGAAGAAGUAAUCUGCUUUUGGAUCAAGAACUCGAGAACAGAGAGGAGAAUCGAUGGCCACGUUCGCGACGUCAACGGCGGCAGUGAUGGGAUCGGCUCGCCCUGGCCGGGUGGCCGGGCCUCGGCGGUGCGUGGUGGCGCGCGCGUCCGCCAUGAUGGCGGCACCGGCGCCGGUGGCGGCCGGGAGGACGCACUACGAGGUGCUCGGUGUGAGUGCCAGGGCGAGCAGGGGGGAGAUCAAGGAGGCGUACCGGCGUCUGGCCAGGGAGGUGCACCCGGACGCUGCUGGUGGCGGCGGCGACGAGGGGUUCAUCCGGCUUCACGCGGCCUACGCCACGCUGGCCGACCCUGACGAGCGCGCGCGCUACGACCGGGACGUGGCCUGCCGCACCGCCGGGAUGAUGAUGCGGCGGCCGGCCGCGGCCGGGCCGGCGUUCCGGCGGAGGACGUGGGAGACCGACCAGUGCUGGUAGGAGGGGCGGACACACGACGACACGUGGUUGCUCAGUUCUCCCGUUCCCGGCCGGCGGCCGUCUGGUUCGAUCAGGCACGGCGUCGAGGUUGUCGAUGGUCGCCAGGAAGGAAACCGCGUCGUCUGACGUGCGCCGUCCGAUCAGUGUUGGCCGGUCCAGAUCUAACGACGCGGAUGCGGGAGAGCUGUGAACUGCGACGCGACGAGAGGCAUUUUUUGAAGAUCUCUUGCGUUCGACCAGCAAAUGAUUAGCUACUGCCUGUAAAUUAAUGGCCUGGGAAAUGUUAUAGCUCUCUGUGGUUAUAGAAGGAAAUAUUUACCCCCUCCAUGUCAUAGUUUUUUGUUUGCCAAGUAAGGAUUAAAGGGUUACUAACUUCAGAGCUA